AGCAGAGCGUAGUUGGCACCAGUAGAAAGCGCCAACCUUCGCCUCGUGCCGGACUGUCUGCCAGCCUGUGUGAGGGGACAGAGAGGGAGAGAGAGAGAGAGAGAGAGAGAGAGAGAGAGAGAGAGAGAGGGACAAUGCCACUUGGGAGAAGUUAAAAGUCUGGAAUGCAACCUCUACAUCACAGCAUUGGCAUGGAAUCCCCGAUUCCCGGAAACCUGGAUUCUCUCAUAUUUACGUGUGCGGCAGGAAUCUGUUUCCGCGGACGAAAAACGCAGGAAUGCUACAGUGGCACGAGAGGCUAACAAAGGAAAACUCCAGUUCGGUGACGGAACUGGACAUAUUAUUUGGAUUUGGUAGCAAAAGAGCAAAGUUAGCCCUACCAUGACCGGUGGAGAGGCUGGCUAAAGCAAGUUUUGACCGAACGUGGUAGCCGAUGGUUUGCGUUGUUGUUUUAUUUCUACCGCCACAAUUAAAAACCAAAUAAGACAACAAAAGCUGUCUGAUUACUGAUUACUACUGCUUUACGGUUUGACUGUAGGCGCUUUUCAAUUUCCUCCAAAAACAAAGGACAAAGGAAACGCCCAUAUUUCAUCCAAGUCACACCAAAAGUAUUUUUCACACAUUGUAUCCUUUUGUAAGCUCACCACCAACCUCCCUUAUUCCCUUUCUCUCCCUCCUCUCCAUUGCUGGCAUAUUCAACCAGUUAUUUUGCCUCCUCGGUGCUAUUUGUAAGGUGGGGUGUUGUUGGCAAAGGCGCCCGCUGGCAAUGGCGGGGGGACUGGGCUCAGUGAAAAGAGUCAUCCUGAAAUCAUCUGGACCUCUGCCAGGGCUCCAUGGGAGAAAUACCCACAGCAGAGAGAAGCAUGCUGUCAAUGGCAACCCCACAGUGGAGCCGUUUCCAGAGGGCAUGGAGACCAUCAUGUUUGGUAUGGGCUGUUUCUGGGGGCCUGAAAAGCGCUUCUGGCAGAAAUCGGGGGUGUUCUCUACCCAUGUGGGCUAUUCAGGGGGACACACACCCAACCCCAACUACCAGGAAGUGUGCUCAGGUUUGACAGGACACGCCGAGGUGGUGAGGGUGGUCUUCUCCCCUGAGGACAUCAGUCUGGAGGAGCUACUCAAGGUGUUCUGGGAGAGCCACGACCCCACUCAAGGGAUGAAGCAGCAGGCAGACUAUGGAACCCAGUACCGUUCAGCCAUUUACGCCUCCAGUCCCUCUCAACAGGAGCUGGCUCUCAACACCAGACAAGCCUACCAAGAGGUGUUAUCUGAGAAGGGCUAUGGAUCCAUCACCACAGAGGUCCUAGAGGGCCAGGAGUUCUUCUACGCGGAAGACUACCACCAGCAGUACCUGAAGAAGGUCCCCAAGGGCUACUGCUGUCUGAAGGGGACCGGGGUGAACUGUCCCAUCGGAGCUGAAGCAGACGAUGACAAAGACGAGCUGUGAAAAGAGAGAGAGAGAAAGAGAGAGAAAGAGGGUAGAGAGAGAGAGAGAGGGUAGAGAGAGAGAGAAAGAAAAAGAGAG